AUGCAGCUCGUCUUUGUCCCAAGCGAUGGAGCUGCCAAGAUCAGCACGUUGGAGCGGCAGCUCAUCCGCCGCCACUGCAUGCAAGGCAAAAACAAGCGAGCCGACUCCCGCCGCUCCCGCCGCGAGGCUGCUCGUAGGGCUGCCGCUGCUGUUGUCGCCGCCAGCCGGGCACAAAGGGAUUUCCAGGAUGAUAAUGCCCUGCAGCUGCAGGAAGACAACGGCCCGCCGCACCUUGCAGUAACGCCGUUGGUGGCGGAGGGCAGUCCGCCCUAUCGGAGCCGCAUCGCCACGCCACUGCAAUCCGAUUGGACAAUGUACCCGUUUCCGGUAGCUCUGGGCUACUCGGACGCAGAGCUGAUAUACACGUAUCUGGACAACAACCCCGUGCGGGACACGCUGUAUCCCUUCUACCACUUUGGCGCCGUCAUCGACAUCGACGAGGACCCGACACACUGCGUCCGCCGCCUGCUCACCGACAACCUAUGCCUCCACGGCAUCCUCGUCAUGACCUCGGCGUCGCGGGACCUGCUCCUCCACCGGCCCAUGUCCACCGCCACGCGCGGCCACCUGCGCAACAUGAUCCCGCUGCUCAACAGCCAGCUGGGGCAGGCCGGCGCCCACCGCGACGACAUGGUGCUCUUCCUGGUCAGUGUCCUCGCGUGCGUGGCCAUCCUGUUCCAUGACUACGAUGCCGCGCGUGCACACGCCGCCGGCAUCCGCCAGAUACUGGGCCUGCGUGGGGACUGGGCGACCGUGCUCAGCACGCACCCAAGUGUGCAAUUCUCGGUUGAUCGCCUCAACUUCCUCAGCGCCCUAUCCACAACGCACUGGGACCCCAUCUACUCGAGCAAGAUCUGGGAAGCUCCAGUUUAUCCCAGCCACGUCCACCGGCUGUACGAGUCCCUCGACAUGCUCGACCUCGAGUCGCUGCUUCUCCCCACGACGCCCACAGCCACUCGUCUCACUGGCUCGAGCAGUCGCUACAACGAGGAGUAUCAUGAGGACCAGUACAACGAAGAACAAGACUACAGGCAUCUGGCCGGCCUGUUCCGUCAUUUCCAGAACCCGUCGAUCCUGAUCAAUGAGCACAGCUCCUCCGGCCUGCCGAUGGACGCCAAGAUGAUCCGCCAGUACCAGGGCCACAACCUCGCGCACCUGAUCGAUCUGGACAGGCACUAUCGCGAACUGCUGGCGUCCAUUACCGCGGACGGUUAUGACACCAGGCUAAGUAGUAGUCCUCUUGGAGCUGAUGAUAUUGGCGGCGUGAGCAACGAGGAUGCCAUAUUCCAGCACGGAUCCACGACUGACACGGGCAACGAUUACGGUCAAGAGUACCCCCGCAACGACCCUGGCCUGAACUACACCGCGCCAUGGCAGCAGCAGCACCGGCUGCGGCUCGCGCACUGCAUCGUCCUAGGCGCCGCGCUUUUGGCGUUCCUAACCACCUCCGUGCCCCUGCGGCGGCGCCGGCACUCCACAUCAUACUCUUCACCACCGCCAACAGGCCAGCACGCCGAAAAUCACGGAAUCGAUGGCCACAGCGCGUUUUGCGGCAGCACUGGUGGCGGAGAGAGGGACUUGAGGUGGGAGCUCCUGGACACGUAUGUCACCUUAGCCAGUGGUGGCGGUGAUGGCGAUUCUUGGUCACCGCUGGGCGACGAACGACUCGAGAUAUGGCUGCUGCUUGUGCUGCAGAUGUCUGGCUCGCUCGCGGCGAGGCGUCAGCAGAAGCAGGACCAUGAGCGAUACCAGCAGCAACAACAUAAACAACGACAACACCAAGAUGACCGCAGCCGCAGCUACAGCCACGAUACCUGCGACUCACAGGCGUCGUCGCCAGGCCGCAUCAUACAAGGCAAAGACGGACGAGACGUGGUGAGAAGAGCCUGGCGCAGGCUCGUGGUCGACCGCGGGCUUAGCUGGGACGAGGCCCGGGUGCGUGCAAGAAAGCUCAUCUGGUGCGAUGUGUUUCACGAUGAUCUGGGCCGGGCAGCUUUCCUGGAGCUGUGCAAAGAGAGUCUGUUGGGUGUAUGA